CUAGGCAACCGCGUCAGGGAGGAGUCCAGUCUAUACUGCAAGGGCGCGGGGACCCACAACGACGGCUGUCCCCAAAGAACCCCUGCGACUGGGAAUUGAAUUGAAAAAGAAUCCAGAUUUUCUGUGCGUGAUCGAGGGGACAAAUUCCUUGUCCUCAGGCAAGAGAGCAUUUUGUAGGUGUUCCAAGUGUUGAGGUGUUUUCUGCUUCUUCCGAGAUGCCCCAGAGACAGCCGCCUCGUAGGCAGAGCAUCAGUGUGGGCAGAGGAGCCAGGAAGAGAGAUGAAGAUUCAGGAACCGAUGUGGGGGAAGGAGCAGAUGAAUGGGCCCAGUCCAAAGCCACAGUCAGACCCCCUGACCAGCUGGAGCUGACCGAUGCGGAGCUAAAGGAAGAGUUCACCCGCAUUCUGACUGCCAACAACCCACACGCCCCCCAGAACAUCGUCAGGUACAGCUUCAAAGAAGGCACAUAUAAGCUUAUUGGCGUGGUGAACCAACUGGCAGUUCACUUCAGCCAGGUCGGGAAUCUGAUCCCCAAAGACUCGGAUGAAGGACGGCGGCAGCACUACCGCGAUGAGUUAGCAGCAGGUUCUCAGGAGUCUGCCAAGGUGGUGAUUUCAGAAACCGAAAUCCUUGAAGAAGAAGAAGAGCCUAAGGAAACAGAAGCCGAAACUGAACUUGGGAGUCAAACAGAUGUGCCUGCCGCUGAGGCAGCUGUAAAAGCAACUGAAGAAGAAUUGAUGACUCCUAAGCAGCCCAAGGAGCGAAAGCUCACCAACCAGUUCAACUUCAGUGAGAGGGCCUCACAGACCUUAAACAAUCCUCUCCGGGACCGAGAAUGCCAGAUGGAGCCUCCUCCCAGGACAAACUUUUCAGCCACAGCCAAUCAGUGGGAGAUCUACGAUGCCUAUGUAGAGGAGCUUAAGAAACAGGAAAAGACCAAAGAAAAAGAGAAGGCAAAGACACCAGUGGCUAAAAAAAUGGGGAAGAUGACCAUGAGGAAGAUGACAUCUAUGGAGUCCCAGAAUGGGAAGGGAAUGCAGCUCUGUGUAUCUCCAGAAGCCAUCCUCUUCCUGAUGCCAACACUCCUAGGAAAUUUCAUUUUCAAGAGCCAUGGGCCUGGCCUUCUUGAGCACCUUGAGAGUGAUGACAUCACCAAAGUGACUCAGGCUGCUAAAAUUGUGGAGCGGAUGGUCAACCAGAACACAUAUGAUGAUGUUGCUCAAGAUUUUAAGUACUACGAGGAUGCUGCUGACGAAUACCGAGACCUGGAGGGUACGCUGCUGCCGCUCUGGAAGUUCCAAAACGACAAAGCCAAGCGCCUGGCCGUCACCGCCCUCUGCUGGAAUCCAAAGUACAAUGAUCUGUUUGCAGUGGGACAUGGCUCCUAUGACUUCAUGAAGCAGAGCCGGGGCAUGCUCCUGCUGUACAGCCUGAAGAACCCCAGCUUUCCCGAGUACAUCUUCAGCAGUGAGAGUGGCAUCAUGUGUUUAGACAUGCAUGUGGACCACCCCUACCUGGUGGUGGUGGGCCACUACGACGGGAACGUGGCCAUUUACAACCUCAAGAAGCCCCAGUCCCAGCCGUCCUUCCGCAGCUCAGCCAAGUCUGGCAAGCACACGGACCCUGUGUGGCAGGUCAAGUGGCAGAAGGAUGACAUGGACAACAACCUCAACUUCUUCUCUGUGUCAUCUGACGGCAGGAUUGUGUCUUGGACCCUCUUGAAGAGCGAACUGGUUCACAUGGAUGUCAUCAAGCUGAAGGUGGAGGGCAACACCACAGAUGGCCUCAACGGGUUGCAGCUACACACAGUGGGCUGUGGCACCGCCUUUGACUUCCACAAAGAGAUUGACUACAUGUUCCUAGUGGGCACAGAGGAGGGGAAAAUCUACAAGUGCUCUAAGUCCUACUCCAGCAAGUUCCUCGACACCUAUGAUGCCCACAACAUGGCAGUGGACGCUGUGUCCUGGAACCCAUACCAUGCCAAGGUCUUCAUGUCCUGCAGCUCCGACUGGACUGUGAAGAUCUGGGACCACACCAUCAAGACCCCGAUGUUCAUCUACGACCUAAAUUCAGCUGUGGGCGAUGUGGCCUGGGCGCCGUACUCUUCUACUGUGUUUGCGGCAGUCACCACUGAUGGGAAGACCCAUGUGUUUGACUUGUCUAUCAACAAGUAUGAGGCCAUCUGCAGCCAGCCCGUGGUGGCCAAAAAGAAGAACAAGAUCACCCAUGUGCAGUUCAAUCCUAUCCAUCCCAUCAUCAUUGUGGGUGAUGACCGUGGGCAUGUCAUUUGCCUCAAGCUCUCACCCAACUUGCGCAAGAUGCCGAAGGAAAAGAAGGGACAGGAGGUACAGAAGGGUCCAGCUGUGGAGAUCACAAAAUUGGAUAAACUGCUGAACCUGGUGAGGGAAGUGAAAACCAAGACCUGAGGGCCUGGCCUCAGUCCCUGUCCCAUUUUUCUGAACCUGUUACUUGUAACCCCUGACCCUGCACCCAAGCCCAGCCUUAGUACUCGGUAUGUGACCCCACCCCUAACCAGGUCCCAGCAUCUACCAUCAGCACUCUACAUUGGCCCUGAUCCCAGCACCUCACCCCAGGACUUGGCCCUCAACCAUUAUCCUGUCCCACUUUGCACAAAUAAACCUGUGUCUGGAAGCUCA